AAUGAAUUCAGUCAUUAACUCGCUUCUUCAGUAGUUGAGGGAAAUUUUUGAAAAUUAUUCGUUUUAAUAAAAUAAAAAAAAUGUUUAAUUAUAUUUUGAGGUUAUAUUUAGUGUUUUUUAUAGUGGAAAAUGUGGAAAUGCAUACAUAUCAUCUAGGUAGUUGUCCUACUAUCGAACCUAUGCCCAAUUUCGAAAUGAACAGGAUGUUGGGAAUAUGGUACGUAAUAGAGAAAACAAGUACCGGAAGUAGUUGUAUAUUAUAUAAUAUAACCAGAAGUGACGAACCUGGUCAAUUCAAUAUCGAAGAAAUUAGUCAACAUUUUCUUCUGGCCUUAACACCUUUAAAACACGGAUACCACUACAAGGGCACAUUGAAAGUUUUAGAUAAAAGUGUACCAGCUAAAAUGUCUGUCAGCUUUCCAUUAAGUGUUGCCGGCUCUUCAAGUUUUACAGUAUUUAGUACCGAUUACGAAACGUACGCAGGUAUUUUCACUUGUCAAAAAAUAGCUUUCUCUCAUAGACAAUCCGCUACGAUAUUAUCGAGAACUAAAACUUUGGAUAGUAUGUAUAUUACUAAGUUGAGAAAUAAGUUGGAAAAUGCGGAAAUCAGUCCAUUCGAUCUUUCGAUUAUCAAACAAAACGACUGUCCUAAAGAUCCUAACGCCGGAUACAAUAUAAAUAUUAACGAUGAAACUAUAUCGGCAAAAGCAGCUGGGGAUGUUAUUAGAAAAGCUGGGGAAAAAUUAGGAGAUGGGGUAGAGUAUAUUUCCGGUAAAGCGAAAGAUGUUUAUCACAAAGUUUCGGAUAAAUCUGCAAAUAACGAACAAAUCAACGAUGUUAGGAAAACAAUUGAUCCAGAUGCGGAAUGGUUACCGUAAAUGUAUCGUAAACGUGGCAACAUCGACAUUUUUAUACCACUUCAUUAAAACUUUGAGUUCAUGAAAUUCAUUUUUCUGUUGGAAAUUUGUUGUUAACCAUAAGACUGUUAGAAAUAAUGCCAUAAUAAAUGAAAAUGCAUUCAUCAAA